AUGUGUUUAUCGUACACCUAUCACAGAGAGAACCCAGUGGCCACCGCAAAGGCCAAUGUGAUGCUCUAUGAUUCAGACUCCAGCACAUGGAUACCCAGCGGUUCUGGUCAUGGAGUUUCCAAGGUCCAGCUGUACCACAAUCCGACUGCAAAUACCUAUCGCAUCGUUGGCUGGCGUCUACAGGACCGUGAGGUGGUAAUCAAUUGUGCUAUUGUCCGUGGUUUGAAGUACCAUCAAGCCCGACCCACUUUUCAUCAAUGGCGUGACAGCAAACAACGGGUCUAUGGUCUCAAUUUCACCUUGCCCGAGGAGGCAGAGGCAUUCGCUGUCGCAGUCAAGUCUGCCCUUGAUGAUCUGGCAGCUUUGCAUCGACAGCAAGCCACGCAACAGCAACAACAACAGACACAAUCACAACCACAACCGAUACAUCAGCAGCAAUCUCAAAUAUCCGCCCCGGCUGCAUCAAUGAGCUCCCACCCAUCACAGACCAGUAUCACAAUCGGCAGUCGACCACCAGCAACCGGUCAGGACGGACCUGGUUCACGUUCGAACGAUCCCGUUCCACACGAUCCCUCCGUUCACGGUCGACUCAUCACCGGAAAUUACGUGGACAUGAGUCAACACCAUUUUCCCAACCCACAUGCGACAGCCUCGGCUACUGCUACACAGGCCCAGACCCAGAGCAAUGCUGCCACCUCGGCGGAAUAUGUGUAUACCACCUCGUCCUACGCGGAUCCGAGUCGAUACAGUGGUGAUGUUGUGUUGCCUUCGGUGCCGGUAACCGAGAAGUGGUGGGUCGAAAAGUGUAAAGAGAUGGAGAAAGCUGCGGCUAUUGGUAAGAGUCGUAACCCGUUCCAUCUAAUUAGGAAUACGGUCCCUAGGAAAAUAGGCGUAAGUGAAGUAAUUAGGGAAUUCGAUGCCACACCGAUUCACCAUCAGCAACGCCGUCUUGAUCGAUAG